AAUGGCUCUCUCUCUUCAGAAGAAUACUAUGGCUAUGGUGAUGUUAAUAGCUUUGCUGCUUGUAUCAGGGUCUGCACAGAAAAUCCCUGAGUGCGUGACAAAGCUGGUGCCUUGCGCUGCGUAUCUGAACUCUACGCAACCCCCAGAGAGCUGCUGCAAGCCACUCAAGGACGAACUGACCAACGAUCUUCCUUGCCUCUGCUCAAUCUUUAAAGAUGAGAAGUUCCUCAAAAGUUUCAACAUUGACCUCAACUCGGUUCUUCAGCUGCCAAAGAACUGUGGAGUCCUCUCCUUCUCCAUUAACAGCAGCUGCUCAAUUUCACCUGCUGGGGCUCCGGCUGCUCCUCCAGUUUCGUCUCAUUUUCCUCCUCCUGCUGCGCCUCCAGCCUUUUCCGGAGGCAACAAGAAGGGUAUCACACAUAGCACAACCUGGUUCGUGCUGUCCAGCUUAAUGGCUCUGUACUUAUUUUGGUGAACAUGAAGCAAAAAAAUGCUAUCCCUGCGAUCAUUGAUUGGUGAUGCAACUGGCAUUUUUAGCUGUUUGGCUAAUCUUGAAAUUUAUAGAGGAGACGCUACUGCUCCUUGAGGAUUGAUGUACCUUAAUAAUUUAUGCCUGUAUAAAAAAAUUUGGUGAGCUUGGUUAACUCAUUUUUGACUGUGGCGCCAGCUCUAAAACUUUUUCGA